AUGGCUGCAAAUGAAAAAGAAUAUCCACUGGGGUCUCCUAUAGGGCAUAUUGAAAUGUGUGAAUCCCAUGAAUUACCCAUUGAUAUUAUAUGUGAGGACUGUGAUGAAUUUAUUUGUGGUAAAUGUGCCAAAACAGAUCAUAAAGAUCAUAACUGGAAAACUCUAACCAUGGCAGCCACUGAAAGGAAGAGAGGUCUGAUUAAAUUUCUGAAGAAGAUCAAGGAAGAGGAUCUACCUGGAAUUGAUUUGAAGAAAGAGAAAAUUUCAAAGCAGAUCACUGAAAAUAAAGAACUGUGUGAUUCCGAGGUUAAAGAGCUACAGAAGCAUUGUAAUGAGAUAAUAACCAGGCUAACAGAAAUCAAAACACGCCAUGAAAAAACGCUGAGAGACGAUUUAGUUAAAAAGAAUGAUCAGUUGAAUCUUGUGAAAUCUGAGUUAGACAAGAAGAAGAGAAGAAUUGUUGACACAUUAAAAUUCAUGGAGGAGAACAACAGCACCAUGUCUGAUUACAGCUUGAUUGACAACCACAGAGAACUGACAAAAAUGUUGUAUGAAUUGGAGGUUCAAAUAACGAAUGGUGAACAUUCAGUGAGGUUCAUUAGAGGUAAAAUCAAUGAUGACUUACUUAAUUCUGUGGUUGGAAAAACUUUAGAUUUAGAUGAUAUUGGUGUGACCAUAAAAAACUCAUUUCAAUAUGGUGAUAAAGGAAUAUGUGCUCUUGAGACAUUCAGUGAAGAUCAAUGUUACAUUAAUGAAUACCUAUCUAAAUAUGUAGAAAAAGUCAAUCAGCAAGGCAUAAGAAAACAUAAGUUUAAUAUUCUUCCUAAUGACAUGUGUGUGACUGUUACUGGUGAUGUUUAUUUCACUGACGUCAGAAACAAGUCCAUCAGCUGUCUAUCACCAUCAGGAUCUGUCACUACAGUCAUCAGUGCAGAUCCACUGCUACCAGAAGGAAUAUGUCAGUCAGUGGACGGUGGACUACUGGUCACCUUGAGAGACACAAAAUCAGAUCCUCACAAAUUAGAGUCACACAGCAGACGUCUGGUGAGACACAUGACAUUGACUGGUGAUGUCAUCCGUGAGUAUGAGUACCAGGAGGACGGUCAGACCAGACUGUUUACAUUACCAUACAGAGUCACACAGAACAGUAACAGUGAUAUCUGUGUUGCGAACAGUACUAGUGAAACUACAGGUGAACUAGUGAUUUUGUCUCCCUCUGGUUGUACGAAGUCUGUCUACCGUGGACAGAGCCUGACAAAGAACUUUAAUCCAACUGAUGUAGUGUGUGACUCCCUCUGUAACAUCCUUGUUGCUGACUGUAACAACAAACAGAUCCAUCUACUGAGUCCUGGCGGGGAGUUCCUGAAGUUCUUACUGACAGACAAUGAAGUGGAUAGUCCAUACUCUCUGUCUCUAUACAAGUCUAGACUGUGGGUGGGAUACUGGGAAGGAAAUGUCAAAGUGUUUCAGUACAAAUGGCAAAUUGUAUGA